UACAUUGCAGCACUGCUUUUUCUAACUGGAUAAUACCAUCGACCAAAAACCAAAAACAACAUUUGAAAGAACACCAAACUCAGAAGCUCUUUGAAGAAGAAGAAGAAGAAAUCCUUCAAAUUUCAUAAGCAAAUUGACUCAAAUCGAAGCACCUCUUCCAGAGCAAUGGAGAAUUUAGUUUUCCAGCAAUCAAUCUUUCCUCGUAUCUUCAUCCAGACCAAAACUGCUGCAAGAAUUGGGAUGAGCAAGAACAGGCUGCCAUGGAAGUUUCAGACAUGCUCCGCCGCAGUCAGAUUCUCCGGCAGCGACAUCUCCGACGAGGACUCUUUGGAGAAGAAGACAAACCUGAAUGGUUUGCCCUUCAGAACUCUGGAAGCUGAGAUUACACAGGAAACCGUUGAUUUCUUCGUCAGUGAUGCCGAGGGCGAUCCUGACCGUCCGUCGCCGGGGUACUCCUCCGUCGAGCAAGCACUCGCUGCGUUGCGGCAACGGAAGUUUGUGAUUGUUGUCGAAGAGGACGUCGCAGACGGCGGCGCUGUCGAAGGGAAUCUUGUCAUGGCGGCAGCGCAUGCGAGCCCGGAGGCCGUCGCAUUCAUGAUCAAGCACGGAUCGGGUAUCGUUUCGGUCGGCAUGGCCGGGGACGAUCUCGAAAGGUUACAACUUCCAUUGAUGUCGAAGGAAGACGAUGCCUCGUCGUCGCCAUUGUUCACAGUGACAGUGGAUGUAAAAGCCGGGACAUCCUCAGGUGUCUCGGCUUCGGAUAGGGCGAAAACCGUUCUAGCUCUUGCCUCGACUCAAUCGAGGGCGGAGGAUUUUCGACGACCCGGCCAUGUUUUUCCCCUAAAGUACACGGUCGGAGGCGUUUUACGUAGAGUCGGGCACACCGAGGCAUCGGUUGAUCUAGUGAUGCUAGCAGGUCUACAUCCCGUCUCUAUUUUAUCGACUAUUGUCGACAAGGAAGACGGCUCAAUCGCCUCGUUGGAUGCUUUGAAAACAAUAGCCUCGGAUCACGGCAUCCCAAUCAUUUCGAUCACCGAUAUUAUAAGGUAUCGAAGGAAACGGGAAAAAGUCGUGGAGAGAACCGCGGUGUCGCGCUUGCCGACUAAAUGGGGAUUGUUUCAAGCGCAUUGCUACCGUUCAAAGCUCGACGGGAUCGAACACAUCGCCAUUGUCAAGUUUAAAACAUGCCAGGGCGAGAUUGGGAACGGACAAGAUGUUCUAGUGAGAGUUCAUUCCGAGUGUUUGACCGGCGACAUUUUCGGAUCACGGCGAUGCGACUGCGGAAACCAAUUGGAUCUAGCAAUGCAGCUGAUCGAGCAAGCCGGGAGAGGCGUCGUCGUGUACCUUAGAGGGCACGAGGGGCGCGGCAUCGGGCUCGGACACAAAUUGCAAGCAUAUAAUCUUCAAGACAAGGGACACGACACCGUCGAGGCUAACCUUGAGCUUGGGUUCGCUGCGGAUGCGCGCGAAUACGGUAUUGGGGCUCAGAUUUUGCGCGACAUCGGAGUUCACACGAUGCGGCUGAUGACGAACAAUCCGGCGAAGUUUUCCGGCCUUAAAGGGUACGGGCUAGCGGUGGUCGGCCGCGUUCCGGUGAUGACUCCGAUCACAGAGGAUAACAAACAGUACUUGGAGACAAAGAGGUUGAAAAUGGGACAUGUAUAUGGAUCGGAUUUACAGGGAUCGAUGACAGAGUUCUUUCGAACGAAUCGAGAUGGGGAAGAAAAGGACAUGUGAUGAAGAAAUUACAACGUUAUUGAAUCUUGUGUGUAUAGAAAUGGCAAAGGAUCCUCACACUUAAAAUUGGCUAAGUUGUAGGUAAAACAAGAUAAAAUUUAUUUCUGUUUUAUGAAAAUUGCACAAAAUUUUCUAUAACUUAAAAAUUAACUUAGACUUCGUUAUAGUUUCAAAAAUAUUGCAUUUAAAUCCUUUUUUGUUAUUAGUUAACGGUGAUUGUUCUAUAUACACCUUAACUGCCAAGGUAAUGUAAAAAUUCUGUAAUUACAGUGUCACUGUUAACUAAUGACGAAUGGAGUUUAAAUGUAAGGUUAUUCAAACUAUAAGGAAAUCUGAUUCAAUUUUUUAAAAAUGGGAGAUUUCGUCCAUUUUAUGUUGUUUUCGCUACUUUUUUGUUUUUGUGGGUAGGUAUAAUGCAUAACUUUGUAAAUUUUGGGUUGAGCAUCCGAGCCAGUAUAGAAAUGAUUUUUUUUUUUUUUUUUUAUGACAUGAGAAUUCGCAGUCGCUACUCAAAAGUGCGCACUGGGAAAACCUUUCGUCCGAUCGGAAACUAGGCGGUUUUUGUGUGUGUACGUGUGAGAAGUGCAUUGUGGUGUUGUUGA